CAAAGGGCCGUGUAAACUCGUGGGCGAUUGGAAGAAUUCGUGCACGCUCACUGGCGCCGCGACGCUACCGGAUUUAAGUUUUGUUUUUCGGUUGGGGUCUCUGACUCGGAGGCUUAGUUUGGCGUUGUUUUUUACAAGAGACAAAUUCACCCAAUUUGAAGAAGUUUUGUGGAAGGAGGUGUGAAAAGGACAACAUGAACUUUACCCCAGUGCAUACCCCCAUCUGCAGAAAGCCAACAACUGUCUCCAAACAUGAUGUUCCCUGUGACUUCAGUGGUCCCACCAAGUGGAAGGGAAUGUCUUUCUUGGAUUCGAUGGAGUCAACUCCCUUGCUUUCCACGGAAGAUCGUCUGGCUGUCCUCUGCCCUUCUCAGGAGCUUCUGGAAUAUUACCAAAAGAAGAUGGCCGAGUGUGAGGAAGAAAAUGAAGACCUGUUAAAGAAACUGGAACUCUACAAAGCAGCUUGUGAUGCACAGCAUAAACUAGAAGGGGAUUUGCAGCAGAGGGAGGAAGAGAUUGCUGAAUUGCAGAAAGCUCUAAGUGAUAUACAGGUCUGCCUCUUCCAGGAACGGGAGCAUGUUUUACGCCUCUACUCAGAAAACGACCGACUGAGAAUCAGGGAGCUAGAAGACAAGAAAAAGAUUCAGAAUCUCUUGGCUCUUGUGGGCACAGACACUGGAGAAGUGACCUAUUUUUAUAAGGAGCCUCCAAACAAAGUCAGCAUUCACUCAAAGACUAUCCAGGCUGUAGGUAUAUGUGAACAGAAUGAAUCUUCCUCAGCUUUCAGAGCAGAUUCUAAAGUAAACAAAAGAAAACCAGCAAUGAGAGAGAAGGAAGAAACUUCUGAGCAAUACCAAAGAGACAUACAAACACUUAUCCUACAGGUGGAAUCACUGCAGGCUCAGCUGGAAGAGCAGACCAAGCUUUCUAGAGAGCAAGUUGAAGGGCUCAUGGAGGAUAGACGGAUUCGCAUUGAGGAAAUACAAGUUCAUCAUCAGAGAAAUCAGGACAAAAUCAAAGAGCUUACCAAAAAUCUCCAUCAUACCCAAGAACUUCUCUAUGAGAGCACGAAAGACUUUUUGCAACUCAGAUUUGAAAACCAAAAUAAAGAGAAGUCAUGGAUGCUUGAAAAGGAUCAUUUGAUGUCAAAGAUUAAGCAAUACAGCAUGCAGCGUAAGAAGAAAGAAGAUAAAAUUGGAAAAGUUUGGCCAGUCAUUCAUGAGACUCAUCAUAACCAAAAUCAAUAUAUUAAGUCCCUAAAGGAUAAGUUAAUACAAGAGAAAAAAUUAUCCAACAUGUAUCAAGAGCAGUGCAUUUCCCUAGAAGAGGAACUUGCCCGAAUUCGUGAGGAAGAGGGAGUGAGGAGAGAGAUCUUCAAGGAUCGUACUAACAAGAUGGGGAAGCGUUUACAGGUGAUGACAAGACGCUAUGAAGCCUUGGAGAAUCGGCGUAUCUUGGAAGUAGAAGGCUUUAAGACGGAUAUUAAGAUUCUCCGGCAGAAGCUGAAAGACUUGGAGCAAAUCCUCUAUAAGGCAACACUUAAUGCCCGGGCAAACCAGGACCUUGCCAUUCUGUGUGAGGUGCGUGACAGCAAUAGACGGGCACAUAAGCUACAAGGAGAACUAAAGAACCUUAAGUCCAAAGUCUUUGGUCUGGAGAAUGAACUUAGACUCUGUUGAUGUUUACGUUUAGACAUGGCCCUCAUCUGGAAUAGGUCUGCUUCCUGAAAUCUGAGGAAAAGGUCCUCUUCUCCCAGAAACUAUGCACAGAGUUGGCUAGAAUCAUGAUAUCUGUUAUUAAGAAGACAGGGCUAAGAAUUAGGGACCACUAAAAGAGCCCUUCUUGCAUGCUAAGCUUUAGCUAUCAUUUUUGCUGUCCUGUUAACCUUUUUUGUGUUUUUGGUCUGGAUUAUAGCCUGAAUUACUUAGAGACUUUCCCACAUUAUUU